GAGGGGGGGGGUCCUGGGAGCAGGAGCGAGCGGCGUCGGCGUCGGUCAUGGCAGCGUCGGAGGCCGGGCGGGUGCUGGUCUACGGCGGCAGGGGCGCGCUGGGCGCCCGCUGCGUGCAAGCCUUCCGCGCCAAGCAGUGGUGGGUGGCCAGCAUUGACUUAACAGAGAACGAAGAAGCCAGUGCCAACAUCGUUGUGAAAAUGAGCGAUUCCUUUGUGGAGCAAGCUGAGCAGGUGACCGAAGACGUCGGGAAGCUGUUGGGAGAAAAGAAGGUGGACGCCAUCCUUUGCGUAGCCGGUGGAUGGGCUGGAGGCAGCGCCAAAGCUAAAUCUUUAUACAAAAACAGUGACCUGAUGUGGAAGCAGAGCGUCUGGACAUCCACCAUCUCCAGCCACUUGGCUACAAAACACCUGAAGGAAGGCGGCUUGCUGACCCUGACGGGGGCGAAAGCAGCAUUAGCGGGGACGCCAGGAAUGAUUGGCUACGGCAUGGCCAAAGGAGCCGUCCAUCAGCUGUGUCAGAGCUUGUCUGGUGCGAACAGUGGCCUGCCCUCAGGAUCUACGGUAGUGGCCAUUCUCCCGGUUACCUUGGAUACCCCGAUGAACCGGAAAUCUAUGCCUGACGCAGACUUCAGUUCCUGGACACCUUUAGAUUUCGUUGCGGACACCUUUUAUGACUGGGCCACUGGGAAGAACCGGCCGGGCUCGGGGAGUCUGAUCCAGGUGGAAACCAGUGGAGGAAAGACGGAGCUUACAGCUGCCCAUCUCUGAACUGGAACAGUUUGUGUUUCUGCAGCCGCCUACGGCAAAGUCAUUGAGAGUCUUAGCAAGAGUGUGUCUCUGUCUGUGUCGCCUGUGUGGUUGUCACGUCCUGCCAAUUAAAAGAUCUCUCUGAUGGAGCAAGGCCUGAGAUCCUGUUUCUGUUGUUAGCCAUGAGCCUGUUGCACCAAAUUGCCCCCAAAAUACAAUAUGUUUUGUACUGAAAUCAGUGUGGAAAAUGUCGAGUCUCACUAGUGGCCAAUGUGGCAUCGUGGUUACAGGAUUGGACUUAGGACCUGGGACAACCAGAUUUGAAUCCCUGCUCUACCUUGGAAGCUCAGGGACAAGCCUUGGGCUUGUCCCAAUAUCACUGACUAGCCUACCUUACAAGGCUGUUGUGAAAAAAAGGUGGAGAGGGGGCAAUGUGGUUGUAAGCCAUUUCAAGUCCCAGUUAGAGGGAAAUUGGGAUAUACGUUAAAGAAAUAAUUUUACAGCAUUUUCUGCAAAAUUCUUUUUAGCUUUAAGAAAUCAAAUAGUGGCGUUAAUGGGUAAAAACUGUGCUUUGGUUGAUCUGCCUUUGAGAGAUGCUGCCAUAUUUCUGUGAUUCUUUUUUAUGCAGAUGAUCUUUUUGUUUGGUGUCAUUAAUAAAUGUUAACAGGAAGCAAAAA